CUUGAAACUCUGAUAAGCACGGACAAAGAAAAAAAUGGAAGGGUGGCACGAAACUACCGUUUGAUCUUGAAAGGGCGCAGUGCGAAACGGAGGCCGUCAAUAUACCAGAUUUCAAUUAAGGGAAGCCAAGCACAAGUACAAGUCACAGAACAACGGCAGCAAUGGAUGAUGGCAUGAGCGCAAGUGAACUGCGGCAGCGCUACGAGCGCGGGGGGAGCGUGCGCGACAGCGACCUCAGUGCGGCCCAAUUGCGGUCCAGAUACGCUAUCCCUGGCAACACGUUCAAGGAGAAGCCGUCCGACUCAAACACUAUGAUGGUCAUUGCGGUGGUUGUCGUGUUGGUGAUCCUUGCUGGUGGCGCGUAUGCGUUUAUGGGUCAUUAACAUCACCAGCCUACAAUUUCUUCAGGCAGACGACAUAACGGCGAUUCUACGAUGCACUACCCUCGCCGUUCAAUAUACUCCAUU